CCUCUCGCAAACGUGGCUUUCGAACCCUCUUUCACUGGCUCAGGUUCAAGGGGUGGAGGAGCAGUGAGCGUCAUCAGCUGCCUUUCCCUCCAACUUCCCAGCAUGCCUCUUAUCUCUGUCUCACACUUCACCCCUGGCCCCUCUUCCUUCCUUGAACCCAAGGAAUCCUCCUUGCUGGAAAGCCCUUGGCUUCUCAGCCUCCCUUUCCACCUUCGGGAAAGUACCCACCUUCUGGUCCCCACCUUCUUCCUUUUCCAAGUCCAGGACCCCACCAGUGGGAUCCAACCUCAAAACAGGAAGCCGAGGGCCAAUGCCCUGUGUUGGGCCUCAAGUUUAGACAGGCAGUGGGCGUGGGGUAAAGGCUUCCUGCGUGCCCCCACCCCGUGCCACCCAAGGGCCCUGCCCAGAACUGAUGGCCUUCAUUAGUCCGGCGCUUAUCUUGGAACCACAGCAGGUGACAGAGCUGCCCAGCCUCCCUGUCUGCCUGCGUGAGCCCAGCAGUGGCAUGGGGAACUGCCUGCGCCCGGUGAAUUCCUUCACCAACGACAAUUCCAGUCACCUUUCCUUUGAAGAUGGGCCAUUGGUGGAUUUGAAUUAUUCCAAUUAUGAGAACUACGACUACUCUGAAAUGGACGAAAUGGACGCAGCGGCCCCCUGCCACUCCUGUAACCUGCUGGAUGAGUCCUCGCUGCCAUUCUACGUCCUCGCCAGCGUCCUGGGCAUCCUGGCCAGCGCGGCUGUCCUCUUCGCUCUGCUCAGACCCCUCUUUCACCGGCAGCUCUGUCCUGGCCGUCAGCUCUUCCUCACACAGUUAGCCGUGGGCAGCGCCCUCUUCAGCAUCGUGGUGCCCAUCCUGGCCCCAGGGCUCUGGGGUGCCCACAACACCUACCUGUGCCACCUGGCCCACUUAGUCUGGAAUGGCUCCGCCUUCGCCCAAGCUUUGCUGAUAGGCUGCCAUGCCUGCCUGGGUCCCAAACUGGGUGCAGGCCAGGUCCCACGCCUCAUCCUGGGGCUCACCGGGGGACUUUGGGGACUGGCCAUCCUCCUGGCGCUGCCCAUCACCCUGGCCAGUGACACCUCCAAUGGACUCUGCUCCUUGGCAUCCAGCCAGGUCGUUUUGAAGCUUCUGCACGCGGCCAACGGUUUUGCCAUCUUUGUCUUGUUGCCACUGGGUUUACUGGGAGCCAAGGGGCUGAAGAGGGCAUUGGGCAGGGGGCCGUGUCCCUGGGUUGAUGUCCUGUGGCUCUGGUUCAUUUUCUGGUGGCCCCGCGGAGUGCUUUGGGGACUGGACUCCCUAGUGAGGUCCAGGGUGUUGGUGCUGUCGUCCUGUCCGGCCCAGCAGGCGCUGGACCUGCUGCUGCCCCUGGCCGAAAUCCUGGCGAUCCUGCACUGCGUGGCCGGGCCCCUGCUCCUGGCCUUCUUCUGCCUCCGGGCGACUCGCACGGCCGUGCCCUCCUUGCCCCUCCCAGCAAGACAGUCCUCUCCUCCGGACGCCCCGGGAGGCAAAUCUUAGCUCCCUUCCUCCCUGCCAGCCUGAAUUAAAGUCUGUGUUGCCUUUGUGAA